AUGUCAUCUCGUGAAAGAGUGGCAGAGUCCAUGGCCCUCUCGUACGCAGAAGCCCCGGGCCGGCCUCUCCCUGAUGUCAUCGUGCAGCCAGGUCUCUCAUAUGACGAGGUCCUGCACGAUGACUUCAGGUUUGACCUCAACGCCCAUGACGUCAUGGUCUUCUUGCAUAUACAGAAGACCGGGGGUACGUCGUUCGGACGCCAUCUUGUGAUGGAUCUGGAUUUGAAGGUAAUGCUGAAAUGUUUUCAUUUAUUUGGUUUCUUCUUUAUUUUCCUUUUGAAACUGCAUUAUAAAACCUGUUAA